GCGGCGGCGCGCACGGUGGACCCGGGAGGUGGCGGCUGCUCUUGUCGGCUCCGGGCGGCCCCCGCGCCGCAGCCCGCGCCCUGUCCGCGGCGGAGCCGCCCAGGAAAUGGACCCGAUGCCCUGAAAACGUAGCAGCAAAAGCAGGACCAGAAUCCAGACCCCCACCCUAAUUGGGACCUGGGAUCCUGGCCUUCUAACCCCACCUCAAGGCCCAGGCCUCCACGCGAGGAAACAGGCCCAGAGAGGGUGACUCACUUGCUCAGGGCACCCAGCCCUCCACCGAGACCACCCUCCCGCGAGCUCUCCCGCUUCCCAGUCCAGCCAACGUCGAGGCCUCUCACUGUUGUGGCCUCUCCCGUUGCGGAGCACAGGCUCCGGACGCGCAGGCUCAGCGGCCAUGGCUCACGGGCCCAGCCGCUCCGCGGCACGUGGGAUCCUCCCGGACCGGGGCACGAACCCGCGUCCCCUGCAUCGGCAGGCGGACUCUCAACCACUGCGCCACCAGGGAAGCCCCCAGAGUUUGCCAUUUUGAUGAAGAUGAUGAUAAUGAUGAAGAUGAUGUUUCCAGUCCAGGAAUAAAGACCAGCUUUGAACAGGGUUUAAGGUGCCCACGAGGAUGGUGGCGCGGCCCUAGGCCCAGGCUCCGCACCAUGACCUGCUGGCUGUGUGUCCUGAGCCUGCAGUUUCUGCUCCUGCCCGCGGCCCCGCCCCCCGCUGGGGGCUGCCCGGCCCGCUGCGAGUGUACAGUGCAGAUGCGGGCGGUAGCCUGUCCCCGGCGCCGGCUGACCGCGGUGCCCGACGGCAUCCCGGCCGAGACGCGCCUGCUAGAGCUCAGCCGCAACCGCAUCCGCUGCCUGAACCCGGGCGACCUGGCCGCCCUGCCGCUGCUGGAGGAGCUGGACCUGAGCGAGAACGUGAUCGCGCACGUGGAGCCCGGCGCCUUUGCCAACCUGCCGCGCUUGCGAGAGCUGCGCCUCCGCGGCAACCUGCUGAAGCUCAUCCCGCCCGGCGUCUUCACGCACCUGGACAACCUCACGCUGCUGGACCUGAGCGAGAACAAGCUGGUCAUCCUCCUGGACUACACCUUCCAGGACCUGCGCAGCCUCCGCCGGCUGGAGAUGGGCGACAACGACCUGGUGUUCAUCUCGCGCCGGGCCUUCGCGGGGCUGCUGGCGCUUGAGGAGCUGACCCUGGAGCGCUGCAACCUGACGGCGCUGUCGGGCGAGUCGCUGGGCCACCUGCGGGGCCUGGGCGCCCUGCGGCUGCGGCACCUGGCCAUCGCCGCCCUGGAGGACCAGAACUUCCAGCGGCUCCCGGGCCUGCUGCACCUGGAGAUCGACAACUGGCCCCUGCUGGAGGAGGUGGCCGCCGGCAGCCUGAGGGGGCUCAACCUGACCUCGCUGUCCGUCACGCACACCAACAUCACCGCCGUGCCGGCCGCCGCCCUGCGCCACCAGGCCCACCUCACCUGCCUCAAUCUCUCGCACAACCCCAUCAGCACGGUGCCGCGAGGGUCCUUCCGCGACCUGGUGCGCCUGCGUGAGCUGCACCUGGCUGGGGCCCUGCUGGCCGUGGUGGAGCCGCAGGCCUUCCUGGGGCUGCGGCAGAUCCGCCUGCUCAACCUCUCUAACAACCUGCUGUCCACGCUGGAGGAGAGCACUUUCCACUCGGUCAACACGCUGGAGACGCUGCGUGUGGAUGGGAACCCGCUGGCCUGCGACUGUCGCCUGCUCUGGAUCGUGCAGCGCCGCAAGACCCUCAAUUUCGACGGCCGCCUGCCGGCCUGCGCCACCCCAGCCGAGGUCCGCGGCGACGCGCUGCGCAACCUGCCGGACUCGGUGCUCUUCGAGUACUUCGUGUGCCGCAAGCCCAAGAUCCGCGAGCGGCGGCUGCAGCAUGUCACGGCGGCCGCGGGCGACGACGUGCGCUUCCAGUGCCGCGCCGAGGGCGAGCCGGCGCCCACCGUGGCCUGGGUGACGCCGCGCCACCGCGCGGUGACCGCCGCCAGCGCCGGCCGGGCGCGCGUGCUGCCGGGCGGCACGCUUCAGAUCCGGGACGCGCGGCCAGGGGACAGCGGCACCUACACGUGCGUGGCCAGCAACGCGGGCGGCAACGACACCUACUUCGCCACGCUGAGCGUGCAGCCCGAGCCAGCCACCAACCGGACCCCGGGCGAGGGCCGCAACGACACGCAGGCGGCCGUGCGCUUUCCUCUGGACCUCACCACUAUCCUGGUGUCUACCGCCAUGGGCUGCAUCACCUUCCUAGGCGUCGUCCUCUUCUGCUUCCUGCUGCUCUUCGUGUGGAGCCGCGGCCGCGGGCAGCACAAGAACAACUUCUCGGUGGAGUACUCUUUCCGCAAGGUGGACGGGCCCGCCGCGGCUGCCGGCCAGGGGGGCGCCCGCAAGUUCAACAUGAAGAUGAUCUGAGAGGCCCCGGCCCACCUCCCGCGGCCCCCGCCGUUGCGCCUGCGCCAGAGGCCGCGUCUCCGUCUCCGCCCAAAUCCACGCCAGCCCGUGGCUGGCCCAUCUGACUACCACCUAUGCAUUUCCCGUAGGGGGCGGCCGCAAGCCGGCUCCUGGCACAACUUCCCCUUUUUUUGUAGAGACCCAACCACAGGACUGUUUUUUCAUCAGGAUGCAUCUUUUGCAGAGUUUCUCAAACGUUUUCUUAGGGUUUCACGCUGUCUUCCUGCCCCUCGUGUGGUCGCUGAGCUGGGCAGGGGGCGGGGGGUGCUCAGAGGCCCAGGGUCCCGGGCGUAAACAGCUCACACCUGGUGGAGAUGGUCUACACCUGGUGGAGAUGGUCUACACCUGGAACCCCACGGAGGUCACCAGGGGCAUGUGAAAGCCCUCACUGUUCACACCUGCACACACACACACACACACACACACACACACACACACACACACACACACACACACACACACACCGCCCCCGUCCCUACACCAGAGCACACACGCACACCCGGAACAUACAACCAGACGCACGGCUCCAGAGUGGAACACACACACCUCACACCCAGCUGACACUGAGCAGGUGUCCCAAGCUCCAGAGCUCACCAAGGGCACGCAGGGCUCUGGGGAGAGGCCAGCGCACACCUGGGCCAGGCAGCUCACACUUGGGACACAUUUCAGCUCACACCCAGACAGUCAGCUCACACCCAACUCCCACUCAGCUGGCCAUCUUGGGGCAGAUCUCAGGGGCUGCGCUACGGUCUCGCUGAGGAGGUCAGGCUCACCCUGAGGUGGUCCAGCACGCAGGAUGGUCCCUGACCCGCUGGCCCAGAUGCCCCUGCACCCAGACUCCCGCCCGCCAGGAACUGUUGGCCAAGCAGCGUGGGCUGCCCGCUAGGAGAAGCCAUUCCCCUGGUUCCUCCCACCAUCCCUCACAGCUGCCACCUGCUUCCUUGCUCUCACCACCCAGGAGGGACAGCCGUCCUGGCCCCUGGCCCAGGAGCAUGGCUUCCAGGUGUCCCUCUCCAGCAGACCAGUUGGAGUGACCUUCAACCCCGAGUCUGCAGCACCCCUGCCCAGCCCCGUGGCCCAUUGCUCACCUCGGGAAGGAGACCAGAGCGUGGAAGGUUCUCAGGGUCCCUGUUAUGGGCAUGGAAGGGGCAGCGACGGGGAGAAAGGCCAGAACAAAGGUUCAAGCUACAGGGAGGCCUGGACCUGGGGCGUUGGGAGAAGGUGACAGAGGCACCUUGGUCUCUGCAAUGUUGGGGCAGAUCUUGGGCCAAAGAGUAGAGAGGGUCACAGGAAGACUGUAGCUCAGGUGAAAGAAGAGCUUCCCCAAGGUCACUGCCCUGUUGCUCUACAGCUAGUGAGUUCCCAGUCACUGGGGGUAUGCAAGCAGGAGCUGAGGUUUUGCAGAAGUAUUCAGAUACCAGACAGGGACCAUACAUGACCCUGCCUCACCCAGCCUGGUCCUUGCCCCGACUCUCUACCUCGGCCAGACAACAGUUAGGGCAUCACUUGGGGGAAGGGGCACAGAAAAUUUUGUGUGGCCAGGCCCUGGGCAGAAGGGAGGUUAGACAGUAUUCUCAAGGACCUUGUAAGAAGGUUCAAAGCCAGCUCUGUGCCCUCGCAGCUGUGUAAUCUUUGUUGGCAACCGAGGACCACCUGGACCAUUGGUGUCCACGUCUAUAAAAUGGGUCUGACGGUCAAACCCAUUGCUACAUACGUAGAGGCCAGGCCCGUGGACAAGCUUGGUGAUUGACUUGGAUUCUGGAUCCCUCCAGAUCUUUCUGAGAUGAGCCAGAGAGAAAGCUGUCCCUCCUGGAAGUUUUGCACAAAGGAUUCAGCCAGAAGGUGGAAGGGGCCACUGGCCAUUCUCCCUGGGCUGGAAGCAUCGGGAGGCCCUGAUCCCGCUUCCAGAGCGUGCACAUGGGCCAACAGGGCUGUGUGGCAGGCUGCUGACCACAGCCAGCCAGGGUGGGGACCCCACCCAACCCCAUUCAUGGCAGGAAGUGAGUGAGGGCCGAAUGGGGUGUCCAGCAGCGCUACACAGAGUCGAACAGAGUGGACUAGUUUUGUUCCCUUAGCAUCCUCCUGACCUUGGCUGCCACGACAACACCGAGGGCCCCUCCAAACGACAUCCAAGUGCCUUUAACAUCAUCAAGACAGGAGGGAGUAUGUUCUCAGCAGUGUUAGGACUUAUAGAAUGUCAGCAUAUUGAGAUCUCCCAGUCCCCUCUGCCCACCCCCUGUCCCAACAUCAACCAAGACCCUUAGCCCCUGUCCCCCACCCCUACCCGGCUGUAUUUGGUUGGAAUCCAAUAAAAAUGAAACCAAUUUAAUAACAAACUUCAGGGUUUUUUAAAAUUCUCAUGGGAAGCAUGGGGGCAGAAAGCAGGGGCUGCUGGGGGUCCCUGAGGGAGAGGCCUGGCUUCAGCACCAAAGCUGACCCUGAGUCAUAGGGCAUUUGUGGAGAAUGACCCGUGUGAUAAGGUUAGAGGUCACACUUCAGGAGUGCCCGUGCUGUUCCCAGCGCUGUCCCCUGUGCUGCCUGCAUUCACUCCCCCAUGAGCUGGGUCCUGUUAUGACCCCAUUUUACAGGUGGGCAAAGGGAGAGUCAAGUCCCCAGCUAGGGAGAAGCAGGGUGCUGAGAGGGACCAGUGGCACUGGGCUGUCCAGGGGAACUCUUGCCCUGAGCUUGGUCCAGGGGCGGAGCCAGCGGCAGGGAGGAAAGGAGAAGUGAGGUGCAGACUCCCUCCCUCCCUGCUGCGCCUCUGGAGCUGGCAGCUUCUCCCCCUGGGGCUUCCCCUGGCCAAGGGCAGCUGAAGUAAGCUGGGCCCCCUGGGGCUUCCCCUGGGGCUUCCCCUGGCCAAGGGCAGCUGAAGUAAGCUGAAGUAAGUUGGUGGCUAGAAACCCAAGGCGGGACCCCGCAGAGGGGUGUCUGUGGCCUCAGUGCUGUGUGGCCUGGGGGAAGUCGCUGCCCCUCUCUGUGCAGUGUGCUCAUCUAUAAACUGGAGGAUUAUGGUCGUCUUUUAUGCAGGGAACUGUUUGAGCUUCCUAUGGCCGCUGUAACAAAACGUAGUGGCUUACAACAACUGAGAUUUAUUAUUUGACAGCUCUGGGGCUCAGAAGUCUAAAAUGGAUUGGCAGCUGGUCCUUCCCGAGGCUCCAGGGCAGCGUCGGUUCCCGCCUUUUCCAGCUUCUAGAGGCGCCGCAUCCCUGGCUCGCGGCCCCACCUGCAUCCUCAGAGCCCGCAGUGCAGCAUCUCCCGUCUCUCUCUGCCUCUGACCCUCCCGCCUCCCUCUUAUAAGGACCGUGGGAUGACGCUGGGCCCCCUGGGAAUCCAGGGUCACCCCCAUCCUCAUCUAAUCAGCAACCUUCACUUCCCCCUGCCGUGCCACAUAGCAUAUUCACAGGUUCUGGAGAUGGACAUCUUUGGGGACUGUAACCCUGCAUGCCACAAAAAACUGAGGCAUUUUUCUCAGAAAUGCGAAGUCAUGAGAAAUUCGGGAGGAUCUGGCAUCCCGAGCCCUUGCUCAGGGCGAUGCCAGGGAUGCAGAGAGCCCGGCCCCAGCUCCUGCAGCGCUCCAAAAACACUUCUCGAAUAAAAGAACAGCUUUACUAUCUGCAGAGGGUUUGACCCUGAUGUGGGGUGGCCGGCCAGGGCUGACACACAGGGGCCACUUUUCAGGGUGAGCUGAGGCAAUCGGUCCCCAUUUCUAGGCCUUAAGGGAGGACUGUCCAUUGGGGCUCAGUGGGGUGGUAGGCACAUUGGGGUGCUGAGCAGAUGUCAGCUGGCAUCUGCUCUCCUCCCCCACAAAGGGCCCCCAACCACUCCAAGGAGGGGUCAUCUUGAGGUAGGCAGCGGGGUCCCUGGGCACCAGCUGCCCCCCACCCUGCCUGUCCUGGGUGGAGAAGUCCCCAGGGAUGUCAUUGCUUGUCCCAGCCUGGCCCUUCUGUCCACCCCCCAAACCCCACCUCAGGGUCAGGCAAGUAAGGCACUGCCCUGGCAUCCAGAACUCAGUCAUCAAGAUCAACAUUCUACGAACAAAAUUAAUUCAUGCCCCGAGUCCACAACCCUUUAGAUAAAGACAAGAUCCACUCUGCCUUGGCAUGACCCUGCCUCACUCCCCACACCCGAAUCCUGGCCCUGGUGCCAAUAAAACUUUAUUUACAAAAACAGCCGGCCAGCCCAAGGGCCAUAGUUUGCAAAUAAGAUGUUUUUUUAAUAUUACAUUAUUAUAUUACAAUGUUAUUUAUCUUGAUUACUGGGUGGUUGUUUUUUUUUCAAUCACGCUUUUAAUGAAAAGAUCAUAAAAUAACAGUUUCUCAUCACUGUACAUUAAGACUGCACGCUUCUAAAUGGAGAAAUCGAUGAACUGCUUUACUGUGACACUUGAGGGUUGCACACCUGCAGCUAUGACCUGAAUUUAUCCAAACUCUCGAGGGAAGUGAACUCGGUGUGAUGACUGACUGUAGCGGUGGCCAGUACAGGGGUGCGAUCACGGUCCCCCCUUCCUGGGAAGCGCGCGUAGCGGGACAUGAUCCCUCUUCCAGUUCCCGGUAAACAAAACAGCUAUAACCCCAUCCCUCGCCCUCCCCCUCGAGGUAUUUGUGAAUGGGCCAGUGCCCAACCUGGGGUCCCCCAACAGGGGAGGGGGAAAGCAAGUGAUGGGUGGGGGACAAAGAGGUUCCCCUCAGCACCUGGCCCCCCCGGGGCCCCGCCAAGUGGAGGCGGGGAGCCCUGGGGAUCCUCCCUGCCCUGAGUGAGGUCUGUUAUGCAGCGUAUUUGAGGUCAAUAAAUUACAGCAAUAAACAGCAAGGUGAGGUGGGGGAGGGGUUCCUGGUAGAAAAUUAAAGUGGGGUGACAAGCCCGGGGCAGGGUGGGUGGUCCUAGGCAGGGGGUCCCAGGCAGCCUGAGUCCCCACAGCUCACACCCACCCCCUGAUUUGGAAGGUCAGACUGAGGUCAGGCCCCGCUCCACCACCCGCUCCUGGCAUCGGGUUCACAGGUUCAGUGAUGCCCAACCUGGCUCUGGGGAAGAGCAAGGGCCUUGGUCCCUGCAGGGGGCCGGCAAGGCUGGGAUCCCUGGUCUGUUCUGAGGCCUGGUGCCUCUGCUUUCGUCCUCCCCCCACCCACCAAGCCAAGGCGACGGGACGGAUGCGGCCACCUCUGCCCUGAACCCUGCCCUCCCGGCUGCCCAGGCCUCACCCCGACUCCGGACAGCCACGGGCAGCGCGGCCGGGGUCCCUGGUGGAUCGCACUCCUGCACACGGCCAGUCCAGUGCAUUCUGACGGGUGGGAGUCAGGGUAGCCCACGGCUGCGUGAGGUUCUGAAAGUCCGUCUGGGUCCAGAUUGUUCAUUUCACAGGCUGAGGUGUGUGGCUAUGCUGCGAGUCUGAGAUUCGUAUUUGCUUAAAGGUUCCUCUUUCCUUCUUUACCUUUUCUGCAAUCCUGGAGGAGCCCCGGCGGCGGUGGGCUGGGUCUGGCGGGAGCGUGCGGUGGCGGAGCCCGGUCUGCCGCUCACUCGCCCCAAGUCUGAGAAAUAAAUACAUUCGUCACUGCACAGACAUUGAUACAAAAACAACACUGUUCAGAGCGUUUGCGCCGUCCGUGCAGUGUUUGCCCAGUGAGCCCCUCCCACGGCCGGGGUGGAGGUGGGGGUCCCCAGAGGGCGGUGACACGCCGGAGCCCACGGAGCUGUGCAAAGUUCCAGGCUUUUUGGCGCGAGAGGGACCCUCACAUCAACACACCCGAGGGUCGCAGGCAGAGCAGUGGGAUGGGGGCGCACCUCCAUCCCAAGGGCCCAAGCCCAGGCUCAGGUCCUGCGGCCACAAGUGACAGCCACCCCUGCUGUGCCAGCUGGCAGGACCGCCAGGGUCUGGCCAGGAGGCCUGGGGGGGGCCAGCUGGGCUGGGAGAGGCCGGGCUGGGAGGAGGGCUCAGGGGCCUCCACGCCCGCCCCAGGGCCUACUCAGAAGGGGCUCCGGUGGAAGCUGGGAUUCACUGGGACUGGCCUUUUAUCUGCUGAGGUCUGAAACUGUAAAAGUUUAUGUAAACAAACAAUGAGAUAAAUAUAUUAGUAUCUUUUUUUCUGAGCCCAUUGAG